AUGACGAUUCCCGUCGAUUCGUCGAAAGCCGUCGCUGCUUCUGCUUCUACCAAAAGACCGGCAGCAGAAACGAGUUGCUCCGCAGCCGCGACUCCCGCGCGCUUCGCAACACCUCCCCCUCCCUCCGACCGAGGACACCUCGAGAACCGCCAGCAUCUGGAGAACGCGAACCAGCGCAAGAUGCAUCAUAGCAGGAGACCCAGCGAGUCAGUUCGUGCCAAUAACUUUGAUGCCGAUGCCGUCGACAGUGCAUUACUCCGGGAAAUGCAGCACCGGUCACAACGAGAAAGCACCCCAGGUGCCAGUCCACAUCGAAAGCGCCAGAGGAUAAAUGGCGACAGAUUCAUCCCCACGCGGACUGGCCAAGAUCUUCAAGCUAGUUUUAGCUUGCUCCAUGAAGAUGGCUCUCCGGCGACGCCAUCUAAGCAAAAGAAGCGCACCCCCCAUGGAGAGCUUCAUUUCCAAAGGACCGAGGAAGCCAAUCGUACAUUCUCGACCCUGCUCCGCGCCGAACUCUUCGAGGGCUCAAUACCACAGGCAACGCCACCGACUCUGUCUCCAGAUCAUUCUCUAUCUACCGCAUCCCACUCAGCCCACAUUCGGGACAGUACGAGGUCUCGCACGCCACCGAAUAACGCUUCUGCCAACUCUCUGCCAACCUCUCUGACACCGUCCACGCCCCACAAGAACCUAUUCUCUUACAUGUCACCUCGACAGCUCAGCAACGCAGGCCACCUAACACCGUCAAGAACGCCUCAAAGUCGCCAUGGACCCAAUUUGGACACCCGCUCCGAGAUAUAUAGCCUCUCUCCUGUCCGCUUCAACAGCCAACAAUUGUUGCUGAGCCCGCGGCGGCAACCCCGAGCGGUCAGCAAGGUACCUUACAAGGUGCUAGAUGCCCCCGAUCUGGCGGAUGACUUCUAUCUGAACUUGGUUGAUUGGGGUAGUGCCAAUGUGCUGGGGGUAGGCCUUGGAUCCAGUGUGUACAUGUGGAAUGCUCAAACGAGUCGUGUCAACAAGCUUUGCACGCUCGAGGAUGACACAGUAACGAGCGUGUCGUGGAUCCAGAAGGGAACACACAUUGCUAUUGGAACUGGAAAGGGGCUCGUUCAGAUCUGGGAUGCUGAAAAGACAAGACGACUACGGACGAUGACGGGCCACACGGCGAGAGUGGGGUCUUUGGCUUGGAACACCCAUAUCUUGACGUCCGGUUCUCGUGACCGACUGAUAUACCAUCGCGACGUUCGCGCCCCUGAUCAGUGGCUCAGGAAACUCGUCGGCCAUAAGCAGGAGGUUUGUGGCCUGAAAUGGAACUGCGAAGACGGCCAGCUGGCCAGCGGCGGUAACGACAACAAACUCAUGGUCUGGGACAAACUCUCAGAGACCCCGCUUUGGAAGUUCUCGGACCACACAGCUGCUGUCAAGGCCAUUGCCUGGUCACCUCACCAACGUGGGCUGUUGGCUUCAGGCGGUGGAACGGCGGACCGCAGAAUCAUUUUUCACGACACAGUCCGCGGGUCUGUCAUCAACGAGAUCGAUACGGGCAGCCAGGUCUGCAACAUUGCCUGGUCCAAGAACUCGAAUGAAAUCGUUUCGACGCAUGGUUACAGCCAGAAUCAAAUCGUCGUUUGGAAGUAUCCUUCGAUGACACAGGUGGUCAGCCUCACAGGCCAUACCUAUCGCGUGCUAUACUUGGCGAUGAGCCCGGACGGCAGAACGGUCGUAACCGGCGCUGGUGACGAAACUUUACGAUUCUGGAAUGUGUUUGGACGACGACCUGGAGCCAGAGAAGACAGCGACGGCAGCCGACUAUCGGAAUGGGGCGUCAUUCGAUAA